AAAGCGGUCCUACAUUACUGAUAUCAGUUGUCAGAAAACAAACAUACCUAUUAUUUUAGGACUAAUAAAUAUCCUGAUGUAAAAUUUAACUUUAGAAAUUUAAUGGAAAUAAUUGAAUGUCUUAAAAAGUCGCAAAUGAAAUGAAAAUGUUAAUGUAGAUUUUUUGUUUUUUGAUUUUUAAAAUAAAACAUCAAUCGAACUGUAAAAUCGUACAUAAAUUAUUCGAAACAUGGAACCAUCAGCAUGUGAAGAUUUGAAAGCAUUUGAGCGCAGGCUCACGGAAGUAGUAUCGUCUUAUGGGCCCACUACAUUGCGGUGGCGGGUAGUUCUCGCCACAAUUUCUAUAUGUACAGCUAUUGGAGCGUUUUAUUGGCUUAGAGAUCCACGCACCUCAAUUGUGCCUCUAAUAGAAUCAUUGUUAUUGCAUCCAAUAUUUACGAUUGCCACCUUAAUGCUGAUUAUUCUCUUUGUUAUGGGCAUACAUAAAUUAGUAUUUGCUCCCAAAAUUAUUACGACUCGGAUGCGGACCGUACUUAGCGAUUUCAAUAUGAGUUGUGAUGACACGGGAAAACUGAUUCUUAAACCUCGACCAAAUAAUAAUCUAGACGGCAGUAUUCGUUAGAGGAAAUACAUACUGUUUAAAUCUACGACAGAUUGGGGGUUUUGGCACCAAAUGAAGUUAAAAUUAUAAUAACGAUACUUUAUCACGCUAUUAUAAAUUGGAUUGUUUAGUAAAGUGUUUCCGUUUUAGAAUUUUUUUUAUAUUAAUUUGACAAAACAGCUAAUUUAUGUAACUCGAUUUAAUUGAAAUUGUAA